AUGGAGAUUUGGAUUUGUGGUCAAGUACUCUGGGUUCCUGCAUACGAGUUGAAGAAUCCCCCAAAUAACAAGCAAUCUUGUAAACCUCGUAUUAACAGAUUUGUUGAAAUCAGUGUCCGUAUGUGCAGAUUGCUAUUGUGUGGGAUCUGGAUGUUGCGCUACAAGAAGGUCCGCAUUUUCUGCUGCGAUCCUGAUGCAACUGACUCCUCCGAUGAUGAGGAUGAUCAGACCUCCAAGAAAGAAAAGAAAAUUAUAAGAGAGGUUCUAGUUCCAGUAAGGAAAUAUAAGACCUCGAGACCUCUAAAAGCCAUCAUGCCAUGUCGAAUAAAGGAUCUGAAAAGUCCAGAGAGGAAGAGCAUACAAGAAGCGCAGCAGAAUGGAGUAUCCAUGGAAAUUUCAGAGGAUGAACUUCUCCACCAUGAACCUAUGGAUGAAAGCUUACUGAACUUCUCCACCCCUAUGGAGACUUCAGGGGAUGUCAUGCUAAACUGGAAAGAUGAGCUUCCUUUCAGUGACUCUGUCAGCCCAACUGAUGAACCCUGA